CCACCCCCACAAUCGCUUCCGAUCUGCCGCCGAAACCCUAGACCCCGCCGCCGCCGCCGAUGGGAUCCCCAACGGUGGCCCCCGCGCCCCUCCUCGCCGCCGCCCCGGACGGCGGCGAGGCGGACGCCAACGGCGACCACGAGCGGCAGCAGCAGCUCCAGAUCGUCCCCUCCUCCGCCGUCCCCGCCCCCUCCAAGCCGCCCGAGCCGGCGCCGACGGUGGCCACCCACACGCGCACCAUCGGCAUCAUCCACCCGCCGCCCGACAUCCGCGUCAUCAUCGAGAAGACGGCCACCUUCGUCGCCAAGAACGGGCCCGAGUUCGAGCGCCGCAUCGUCGCCCACAACCAGGGCAACGCCAAGUUCAACUUCCUCCAGCCCUCCGACCCCUACCACGCCUACUACCAGCACCGCGUCUCCGAGAUCGCCGACGCGCCGCCCGCCCCCGACGCCGCCGCCACCGACCCCGACGCUCUCCCCUCGGACGACUCCGCCGCCGACGGCAAGCCCGCCGACGACCACUCCGCGCCCUUCCGCGUCGGCCCGCCCGCCAAGGUGCUGGUGCCGCCCAAGGCCGAGCUCUACACCGUGCGCCUCCCCGAGGGCAUCACCACCGAGGAGGUGGACAUCGUCAAGCUGACGGCGCAGUUCGUCGCCCGCAACGGCAAGACCUUCCUGGCCAGCCUCGCGUCCCGGGAGAGCACCAACCCGCAGUUCAACUUCCUCCGCCCCACCCACAGCAUGUUCCCCUUCUUCACCGCGCUCGCCGACAUCUACUCGAGGGUCAUGAGGCCUGACGAGGGCGUGGCCGCCCUCAUGAGGGAGCUCAAGGAGGGGACCAAGGACCUCACCACGGUGCUGGAGCGCUGCCUCAACCGGCUCGAGUGGGACCGGUCGCAGGAGCAGGCCAAGCAGCAGGCGGAGGAUGAGGUUGAGAUGGAGAGGAUGCAGAUGUCCAUGAUUGAUUGGCAUGAUUUCGUCGUUGUCGAGACUAUUGAGUUUGAUGAUGAUGAGUUUGAGGGCCUCCCUGUGCCGCCUACGCUGGAAGAGCUGAAGCGCCGCAAGAGGAUGGAGACCUUGGGAGAGGAGGAGCCCAUGGAAUUGGCUGAACCAGCCAAGGAUGUUGAGAUGGAGAUGGAUGAGGAGGAGAUGCAGCUUGUCGAGGAAGGAAUGAAGGCAGCAAGGCUCGAUGAGAAUGAUGGAGGAGCACAAGUUAAGGUGGCCAGUAAUGAUGAUGAGCCGCCUAUGAGAAUUGUCAAAAACUACAAGAGGCCUGAGGAGAGGAUCCCUGCGGAGAGGGACCCGACCAAGGUUGUUGUCUCACCAAUAACCGGGGAGCUCAUUCCGAUCAGCGAGAUGGAGGAACACAUGCGCAUCUCGCUCAUUGACCCCAAGUACAAGGAACAGAAAGAAAGAAUGCUGGCCAAGAUUAAGGAAACCACUCUUGCUCCUGAUGAUGAGAUCUCCCGUAACAUUAUUGGUCUUGCACGUACGAGGCCAGAUAUUUUUGGAACCACCGAGGAAGAGGUUUCUAAUGCCGUCAAGGCAGAAAUUGAAAAGAAAAAGGAUGAGCAGCCAAAGCAGGUUAUUUGGGAUGGUCAUUCUGGGAGCAUCGGUUGGACAGCCACUCAGGCAAUGUCUGUCGGUGGAGAAGAACAGGGUGAUGCCUCGAAUGCUCCAGGUCCAGCUCCACUUCCCCGGCCUGGCAUGCCGUUGCCCCGGCCUCCCCAACCACUUUCCUUGGUCAAUGUUCCCCGAUUUACACCCAAUCCAAUGCCUUAUCAUGUCCAACCCCCUCAUCAUAUGCAAGGAGUUCCACCACAUAUGAUGUCCAACAUGCACCAACCUCUGCCACCAGGUCAACAACACAUGAUUAGGAUGUCAGGUCCCAUGGGUCAUAUGCCAAGUAAUAUCCCUCCGCCGCCUCCAGGCCAUAAUACUCAGUUCAUGCCUGGUCCACCACGGUUUGCUAUGCCCCCUCCCCCGCACAUGCAGAACAUGCCAACCAUGGUCAACCCCAUCGGAAUCCCCCAGCCUCCACCACCUUUGCCUCCACAACCACCUGCCGAGGAGCAGCCACCUCUACCUGAGGAACCAGAACCUAAGAGGCAGAGAACAGAUGAUGCUUCUCUGAUCCCAGCUGAGCAGUUCCUCGCUCAGCAUCCGGGCCCUGCUCGCAUCUCAGUUUCUGUGCCCAACCUUGAUGAAGGAAACUUGCGAGGCCAAGUUUUGGAAAUCUCUGUCCAAUCACUCUCAGACACAGUCGGCAGUCUGAAGGAGCAAAUUGCUGGAGAGCUGCAGCUUCCUGCUAAUAAGCAGAAGCUGAGUGUGAGGACUAGUUUCCUCAAGGACAAUCUUUCUCUUGCUUAUUACAAUGUGGGCCCUGGGGUGGUCAUCAAUCUAGCUCUGAGGGAGCGUGGUGGGAGAAAGAAAUGAGCUUUCCUUAUCUCAGUUUACUCGCAGGACAAUGCUUACAACCAAGCUUCAGUGGCUAUCAUGGAGAUUAUUUUUGUUGGUUGCUGCCUUCUGGAUUCUUGUAUCAUGUGUUUUAUAAGUCCAGCACUAUGAUCUGCACUAUGUAGUUUUCAGACUUGUCUAUGUUUCUUAAUAUGGCUACAUAUUGUUGGAGAUGUUUAUCCUUUUUAUUACUUUUGUGUUACUCAAGAAAGCUAACGAUGCCUACCUGCCUAUUUGAUAGUGCUCCAGAGUUCAGGUGCCUGCAUUGGCUCUACCGUUUGCCUUCUAAGAUGCUUCUGCACUGCAUCAGUAAAGGUACUGUCUCUUCAAGUGCUUAUUAUGAAAGGUCUGUGGAAAGCCUAUUAUUGCAGUUCUAAUUAAAUUAGAGUUGUGGGUGAUGGCUGAUGUUCUAAAUCUUGUUGACAGAAUAGCAUGGCAUCUAUCAGAGAUCACUGCUGCUGGAAUCUUGUAACAAGUAUAGUAGUACAUUGCUUAUUGUGAACUUAAUUAUGCAUGCAGUGAGUAGUGAUGAGUAUGGUUGCUCUUGCUGCUAAAAAGGCAGGCUGUGCCCUUUGUUGUUGUUGCUGGCGGUCAUAAGUUGAUUUCUGUAGGCUAUGCAUUUAAUUUCAUGUUUAUUGUGGUGUUUUCAUCCUAAGCGACUAAAAAAUCACAAUAGAUGCUUUCUAGUUAUUCUGAAGGCGGUAUGUGUUUGGUCAACAUAGGCAUAUAUGGUUGUUUUGGUUCUGAUAACGAUUGUGUUCUUUUUUUAAUGUUGUUAACCGACUUGUUCCAUUGUCAAUAAUAAAAUGAAGGGCAAGAGUAGGCACAAUUAAGUUAUGGUGCGACACUGUUUGCCAUGUCACAGAAGUAUCAUUAUGAUUGUGCCUCAACCAAACAUUUUCACUUCAUGAAACCUUUCCCAUCCGGCCAUCCCUUGUAAAUAUCUGAGUUGGUGGUUGUCUGUUUGCCCCUUACCCAUCCCCAUUUAAAAUUCAAACCCAACAACCUUUUCAUGCCAAAGCUCAUCGAAUCUUGAGAGCAAAAGCUACCAGGGUUCGUCCAGUCUAUAGACCUUGCACCAAUUUACCCUGCAUUUAAUAGCAGUUCCUUUGUCCAUAGUCUAUAAUUGGUAGAUGAACGCGCCGGAGUGAAUAUCAUUUGAGUAAACUAUGUUCUAUGUAGGUUUGUUUUUGCUUCGGUAGUGUAGCACAUGCAUCUUAACUAGUUCAAAUACAAAAUGUGUUGUGAACUCGGUCAUUUACUAUUGUCUACAAAUAUUCUGAUCAUCUCAGUUGCCAGGAUGCGACUUUGAUACUUGCAGGUUUAUAGUCUGAGUUGGCUUAUAUAUCUCAAAGUGUAUGGUGUGAGCAUAUCAACUAGAUUAGGCACAACUGGAGAAAGAUUAGACACAUCAUGUUUGCUCUUCUUUUUUCUAGUUUAAUUAAUGCAUUGAAGAGAAAGAUUUUCUUAGCAUAUCAACUAGAUUAGACAAAACUGGAUUUUGUAUUCUCCAGUUGUUGUUAACUAAGCCCUGCUCUGGUGAGUAAUAAUAACCCUGUGGGCUUU